AUGAAGUCUACAAUAAUCCUCACCACCCUCUUCGGCGCACUUGUUGCCGCCUCUCCAGUCACAGUUGAAGAGCGUCAGACCGCCGCCAUCCGUGUCCAAUUCUCUGACGAUGCCACUGACACCGCCGUGCAAGCCAACAUCCCCAAGAACGGCGCCAAAAUCAGCAUUUCCAAGAACUUCGGCAACCUAGGCAGCGGUGUGCCUGCCAACCGCGCGCUUGUUGUCAGCGGCUCGGGCACCUGCAAUAUCUUCAAGGACGCCAAUGCUAGCCAAAAAGUAGCUACCAUUAAGAGCGGAGGGAAUGAUGCGAGCUUUACGAGGGUGAAGUUGCAGAAUGGUGUCAUUGUAUGCAAGUAAAUACACUCGGCGCCAAAGGGUAGGGUAUGGUGUGGACAGACAUUCGCUCGGUGGAAGUGUGGUGAGGGGUGUGAUUAGCGGACG